UCUCAUCGACCUACCGUUGACUUUUAAUCUCUACAAUAUGUCUGGUCGUGGCAAAGGUGGCAAAGUAAAGGGAAAGUCUAAGACUCGUUCCACUAGAGCUGGUCUUCAGUUCCCAGUUGGACGUAUUCAUCGUCUUCUCCGCAAAGGAAAUUAUGCCGAACGUGUUGGUGCCGGAGCACCAGUUUACUUGGCUGCAGUAAUGGAAUACUUGGCAGCUGAGGUUCUCGAGUUGGCAGGCAACGCCGCUCGUGAUAACAAGAAGACUAGGAUCAUCCCUAGACAUCUCCAAUUGGCCAUUCGUAACGACGAAGAAUUAAACAAACUUUUAUCAGGAGUUACCAUUGCUCAAGGUGGUGUGUUACCUAACAUCCAGGCUGUCCUCUUACCCAAAAAGACUGAGAAAAGCAGCUCUUAAAUUGAACUUCUCUUAAAACCAAAUCGGCCCUUUUCAGGGCCACCAAA